CAACUUAACGUAAAUCGUCCCGAUAUAUUAGUUGAUGUAAGUCCUGUACGGAGGAAACAUUGUGCGAUUCGGAAAACGUCACGGGAUAUUUACGAGGCGGUAGAUUAAUCAUUAUACAAAAAUAUUACAACGGAAAGGAGUUUUUGGCAAUCAUAGUUUGGUGGGACUUUCCUAUUGAGAAGUGAAAGAAAAAUAUUUUUGGUGAAAAAAAAAAAAAACUUUUUGUUUUUAAAUAAAUGUGCAAUCGGUAGGACAAUUCAUGAAUGUGCAGUUUGUGGAUAUUUUCCGGAAAAUAUCCGCCACACAGUUCUAGUCAUUAAAUUAAAUGGAUUAAGCUGAAAAGGAAAUUUCGUUUUUCCGUAAAUUUAAGCGUUAAUUGUGCUAUAAAUCGAAUAUUGUAAACUUUCUGAAAGUGAAGCUUAUUUCAAUCAAUUUCCAAAUUUCCAAACAGAUAUAUAGCCGAAGAACGGAAAAGAAAAAGAAGAAAAAUUUCACCGAAAAAUAGAAGACAGAAUAGAAAAAGAAACUCUGUUGCCGUUGGAAAAUAAUUUUUUUUUUUGGAAUAAGAGUGAGUUUGUGUGUGCAUGAGCCUAAACCCUUUGUUAAUUUCUUUUCAAACUUUGUAUUCAACUGUGAAAAAUCUAUAGAACUUAUACGACUGGGCUGAUACACUUUCUCUGUCCGUUUAACCGAUACCGAUAUCAAAUUAAUAGAAAGUUUAAUCUAUAAACGAACGUAUAACAACACCGACAAAACGGUCGGUCGUGUCGUGGUAUAUAUAACAGAUUGUAUCUCGGGGUAAUAUUAUUUUUUUUAAAACGUAAAUCCACUUUGUGCGACUGUUGUAUAUAAUAUACUUAGUCUAAAUGUAACACAAAAACUUGAUUAAAGUUAGAAAGAGGCAUUUAAGUGAAAAUAAUUUUUUUGAUUGCUUUUGACCGAAUCGUAACGAGAGAGAAAAAAAAGCCCCAACCGACCAGUGUUGUGUGAAUUUAAUUUUGCCCGGCUCGUCAGUCAUGUUGAAAAUUUAAUUAAAUUUUCACUGCUCAGGUUCGCGCAAAAAAAAUCGACAGAAGUUUACAAUUUUGCUCACUUGGUGUGAUUCUGAAUCAUCAGUGUGUGAAGCCCCGAAAAUAAUAUUUUUUACAAACUUUACGACUCAGAAUUAAAACUAAACUUUUUCGACAAACAUAAAUGUGAAUAAACGAAUUAAAAUUAAUUAUAACGAGGAAUUAACAAAGAAAUUAAUUUAAAAAAAUAUCAACGCAGCGAUAAGUAAUUCGAAAACAGCUUGCCGUAGACAAUAAGGAAAAAAAAAAAAAAUCGAAAAUCCGAAUUUGAAUAAGUCAUAAAAGGAUGUGUUUGGAGUAAGACAGCAUUGUUCAUUUGGAUUAUUUUUCAACACCAUCACAACAGAUGGAAUUAUCAACUUCUUUGAAAAAGGAUGGAUGUUGACAUCAGACGCUAUGAGGAAAAUAAUUGUAGUGUUCCUGAUUAUUUGCAUUCAAAAUGGAUUCACAUCACCUCACCAAUCAUAUACCAAUGACACAUUUCACUAUUCGUCUCGGCCCAAACAGCAGCAGCUAUUUCAUUCCACUUCAACGGAAAACUUUGAUUUGGACUACAACAGCAACGAUAAGGAGGUGAUUAAUAACGCAUUAAAUCGUGGACCAUAUUUUGACACAUCGGCAUCGAAAAAUGUGACAGCACUAGUCGGGAAAACAGCAUACCUCAAUUGUCGGAUACGAAAUCUAGGAAACAAGACGGUGACGUGGAUUCGACACAGAGAUCUACAUUUACUCACUGUGGAUAAGACUACAUACACAUCCGAUCAACGAUUUGUUAGUGUGCAUAACCCUCAGAUGGGCGAUUGGUCAUUACAGGUGAGGUAUCCACAAAGGCGAGAUUCAGGCGUAUACGAGUGCCAAGUCUCAACUACACCACCGGUUGCUUAUUCAAUGAUCCUGUCAGUCGUUGAACCAGUAACCACCAUACACGGAUCCCCCGAUUUGUACAUCGACACCGGCUCAACUGUAAAUCUCACCUGCAUAGUGCGUCACUUACCUGAACCACCGGCUACAAUCCAAUGGACACACAAUAAUGAGGAAAUAAAUUAUGAUUCGCCUCGUGGUGGUGUCUCUGUCAUUACCGAAAAGGGUGAAAUCACCACAUCCUAUCUGCUAAUACAACGAGCGAAAAUAUCAGAUUCGGGAAAGUAUACUUGUACUCCGAGUCAUGCGAAUCCACAAACGGUGAACGUUCACGUUUUAAACGGUGAGGAACCAGCAGCCAUACAACGCGGAAACAAUUUACAUACCAAAAGUCCAAUAUUUAUACUAAUUGUUGUCCUAAUUAGUUUAAUUUUUCAACGGUAAGAGCUAUUACAUCUAAUGA